UCAGUCAAGUCCCUUCAUGGCCAAAUUAUACUUUUCUGAUAUGAUUGUCUAUAUUCUAGAUAAUUUAGACUUAAAUUCAUAUAAUUAUUUUUCAUGAAAUGGUCCCACAGCACUCUAAAGAGUUUAUAAUAACUUAAAUGUGGAUGUCGCUUGUUUUAAAUAUGAGCACUAAUGAACUAAUGAACAACACAUGAGACAUAAUGUGAUUCUUAACUGAUCACGGAUGCAAAUUUGUGUGGUAAACAGAGGCUUAAAGACUAAACUUGCUUUCUAUAUUUCCUUUUUAUUCUGUUUGCGUUGACCUUUCAAUUCAUUGAGUAUCAGGUCCAAUGAUUCUUCCCUUGAAAAUAAAUCUUUAGCUCCAUCUAGUGGACAAUAUUGUAAGAGUGUACACAUGUACAUCUCGCUAAGCACCACACUUUUUCAAUUUUAAGUAUAUCAACUAUAUUAGCAAAAAAUGAUUUUUCCCUCAUCUACUUCACUAAGGAUAUUCCUAGCAUGUGCAGUGAUUUCUUAGUUGUUAUGUCCUAUUUUUUUCUCCACAGUAAAAAAUAGGCCACACCGCAUCUUUGAUCACUACAGUUCCAUUAGGGAUGUGAUGAAAGAUGUACCUGGGCAUGUGGCACAAAAAAUAAAUGGAAAUUUCUCUCAUUUCCAGGUCUGAAUCCCAUUAAGUUGACAUAAGCUGUUCAUCAUCUUGAGACGAGCUUAGAAUUACAACAACCCACUAUCACUACAUACUGACAUCUAGCUCAAAGACAUGGGCUGACAGAUGAAAACAACCCAGUUGAUGCUGAGAGAAAUCUGGGAAUGCUGUCAGAAUCACCGGCUUCUCAUGUCAGUGCACAAGUUAAGAUAAGCCCACUUUUUAUAGCAUUGUCUGUCAUUGUCAGCGUCAACGUCUCUGCUCUAAGCAUCUGUUGUUGUUUAACCUGUAAAUGACUGCAACACUAACCAAUAUGGAUACGUUUAAAGCCACAUAAGGUAUCAUCUGCAUUAGCUUUACAAGAGUCUCUGUGGAAUUAGUGUAAAGCUGGAUUUAUACUUCUAAUUCUGUAUAUUUAGUUAUUAAUCUCACUGAUUUGGACAUUUGUGGAAGGAGGGAUGAAAAAGAUUGAAUAGAAAAAAGGUUUACUUGUUUUCAAAACUGGCUUGACUGACAUCCUCUUAAGAUGCCUAAGGUCUCUGUCAAUCCUCUUCAGCUUUUGAUAUUGAAACCCAAUCUCAGGAUAAAGAGCAACACUGUGCUUUUGAUUCUUGGUGUGGUCAUCACACCUAACAGCUGCUGGGAUGACUGCAUGGAUGAGAAUGUCAGAGGUACCAGCACCCUUAAAUGGAGCCAUUACUGUGGUGUGAGUCCUCCAAAUGACUCUGCUAUCUUCCAGCAAAUUGUUUACCGACAUGCUUUUUAGACAAGGUCAAAUGUUUCCUUUUAACACCUAAAAGAAACCGACUCAAUAUCUGUCCAUAUCUUUUGAAUAUACUUCUUUUUAAUGGGAGUUUUAGAGCACAUCCGUGUUAGAGAAGGUAUGUCAAGUGCAGUCCGUCACAAAGGGAUCGAAACUAUGCAACCUACACUGAAGGUCAAAUAUCUAUGACGACAGUUUGCAGUGUGUGUCAGCGGCUUUGGCUGUCCGAACCACUCCACUUGAAGAGAUAGCUUAGAGAGCCAUUGUCUAAGAAUUCAGGAAACGAGUGUCAACGCCGGAUUCAAAUCUGUAAUGGUGAGAGGCCAUUUUUAACCACAUAAGUACAGGUACUUGUUGGGAGAAACAAAAAUACAAAAAACUACAAAUUUUUUAGAGGGAUAGGCUUAGUGUGUGUCUGUCCUUCAACCCUCAUAUUUAGUGAUUGUAGUCAUGUGGUCUGGCAUGCAACUUCUACACCAGUCCAAUUAACAUGAAAUGCACUAUACAUCCAGUUAUGGUUAUGUUACACAAUGAUUGGACAAUUUUGAGGAAGUGUAAGUAAAGUUCAACCUUUCAGAGUUUAAAUUUCAGAUACAACACAACCAAUUUUAAUUACUGUUUUACUGUAUUACUGCACUAAACCAAUGCACAAACUGGUAAAAUAAGACUAUCAAUAAUUGCCACAGCCCAGUUUUGAUGAAUCUUGGAUUCAUGAUCCAUCCAGUCCUGCAUCAAGCAUAGAGUAAUACAUUUUUCACUUGAAUACAUUUUUCUAUCCAUUUGUAACCAUUGGAUUUUAUAGCUGUUCAAACCUGCGCUACCAAAGCAGUUGAUUUAAAGGAAGUGAUACCAGCUUUUUGUUCUUUUGGCUUUAUAUUCUGAGGAGAGAGUUUCCUCUUAGACUGCAAUAGACACAAUGCAGGGCUGCAUGGUAGUUGUCGGAAAACACAUUAACAUUGAGGGUAAGUGCCAGAGGUGGGACAAAGUCAUUGUUUAGCAAGUAACAAAUAAGUCUCCGGUUGUGCAACAAAGUCCUGACUCAAGUUCAAGUACUCAAUAAGUCAUUACUUGUCUGUCUUCUAUUGUCCACUGUAAACUGUACCUUUCCUGAAUUGCUGGUCAUUGCGUUGCUAGUCAUGAAGUCAUGAGAUCUGCAUCCUCUAAGUAGUUCAUUUGAGGGCAGGGCUGUAGCUACACUGAGUUAGUUAUUUGGGCAGUAGUAGCAACCUAAGGCCCAGUUUCCCAUUUACUACUUUCAAAAAUCUCAACCUUGUAAUCCAGUAUAUUGGUUUUUGAAACAUUCUUAGCUGUUGGUUUUUAAGAUGGACACUUUUCUAAGCAAACCAGAAAAAAACAGCCUGCACUAGGAAUACUACUAUGAUAACUCAAGGAUAACAACAUGAACAUAUUUUUGACCACAUCCACUUCAGUAGUUGAACAAACCUAAGGUACUGUAUGAAAAAUGUUCUGAGUUUUUAAAAUGAUCUAAUCUAAAAUCAUGGCUAUGGCCUUGUGUGUGAGGUCUACAAAAAGAGUGAUUGAAUCUUCAAAAUGUUUUUGUCUAGAUCAUUGCUCCAUUUUCUAGUACUGUUGUGACUCUAAUUUGACCCUAUUUCUGGGUAAACAUGAGUCAUGAUUCGAGGAGCUCCAGCAGGUGGGGUGUCCUUUCUCUUCUGAGGUUUAUCUGUGGAUAUCUGUUGAGCUGAGUGAUCCAUCGCAGAGCUCGGCCUCCUCUCUAUCUUUAGUUGGCCAAGGUCUGUGAAUGGAGAGCCUAACUUUAUCUUGGCCCACUGUCAUCGAAGCUGGUGGUAUUUUUAGGGGGUGGCUUGCAGUGGCAGCAGCUGCGAACGCAUUUAAUGCCCCCCACCCCCCCUUCCAACUCUCUCUCUCUCACUCUUAAGCUGUUGGACAAUGACAGUAUCAGGGCUGACGAAUAACCCAAGCACUCAGCUGAAAGACUGUGGUCAUUUUCCUCUCUGCCACCGGCAACUUCACACCAAACCAAGGGGAACAAUCAAGACAUGAUACCUGUGACUAGGGGCCACUGAGUGUGAAUGGAAGAUUUGAUUUUUCUUAUUGGCUUUGACUUUCGAUAACCAGGGGAAAAGUCAGCUGUGACCAAGAAUCAACAACAAACAGCAACCAAGGACUGGGGAAAGAAACAAGAGCUGAGGCAUCUUACAGAGUUUGAUUGUUGUCCAGAGCAACAGAGCGGACGUCUGCCAUCUACAGGUCAAAUAAUAACUUAAAGAAGGGCCACAGUCAUCUGAAUUAGACUGAGGAAGGCUUGAGCGUUAUGAGGACAUAUUUUUUAAGUAAACAGCACAACAGCGUUAGAGUGCUUUAAAGAGGGGGACUCACAAGAUUGAUACUUCACCAAAGACAAGAGGAUUAUUUUGAGAAGAUCUCACAACAAAAGAAAUUUUUUCAUUCAAAACGGAGACAGAGUGAAAUCAUCAUGGAUAUUUUUGGAGGUGCUCCUCGUGUUUUGGGCUACCCACGGCCUGUAGUGGCACAGUGUGGCACAGAUGCCACAUUAAGGUGCCAGAUUGGUGGGGACCCUCGUCCUGAUGUGAUCUGGGAACGUAAAAAUGUCCAGAUUUUGACUGAAGGACGUUACAAGCUCUCUGAGGAUGGAAAAGCAUACCUGCUGACCAUUACUGGAGUAACCGAGCAGGAUGCUGGCCAAUACAUCUGCAAAGCUAGAAAUAGCAUAGGUGAAACCUAUGCAGCAGCCUCCCUUAAAGUGGAGGGGGAGGCCCCACAACAGGAAGGAGAGCAAAAGCAAUUAGGGGUCAAUGGUGUGAAGCAACCAGUGAAAGAAAAUGGAGAAUUAGAGGAACACCUGAAUGGCUACUGCACGAUGCAAAAUGGUGAACACAGCAAAGAGAAUGGAGAAGUUCUGAAUGGAGAGCACAAGUGGAACAGUAAGUUUAGCGAAAAACACGAAGAGGUUGAUUUCACGUCUGAUGACAGACCAAGAUUCCUCAUCAAGCCCCUCUCACUGCGUGUGGACAGAGGCGAAGACGCCGCCUUCUCCUGCAAAAUCUGGGGCACGCCUCUGCCUGAGGUGGUAUGGGAAAAAGACGGCAAGAAGCUGAACGACAUCUUUGAGAGCUCCCACUUUAGUGUGAACAAUCAAGACGGUGGCUGGUUCCAGCUCAAGAUCUACAGGACGCGUAUGCCAGACAAAGGUGUUUAUACCUGCAAGGCCGUCAACUGCAAUGGUGAGGCCUUGGCUGGCGCUGUCCUUCUUGUCGAGCCGGUACCUGAGAGAGCAGAGAAUAAAAUGUCCUCAAAUAGUCGCACUAACAGCCAGAGUUCACCAAGGACCAGAAGUGGGAGGUUCUUGUCAAGGGUCACAGAGGAGCCACAUGUCAGUGCAUCUAAAGUCAAGAAGUUUGCAGUGGCAGAGGGGAAACACGCCAAGUUUCGCUGCUUGGUGACGGGGAAGCCAAAACCAGAGAUCAUCUGGAAGAAAGAUGGGGUGCCCCUAGAUCCCGGGAGGCGUCAUUUGAUAUUUGAGGACAGAGAGGGUUACUACACGCUGAAGGUUCUGUACUGUAAGGUGCAGGAUACAGGGCUGUAUGUGUGUGCUGCAUCAAAUGCUCUUGGAAACACCCUCAGUGCUGUUCAUCUGACCGUCAAAAGCCUAUCUGUGCGGUUCAGGCGUCCAUUAAAAGAUGUGGAAGUGAGGGAGAGGGACGUUGCUGUGCUGGAGUGUGAGGUUCCUGAUGAGUCGGUCCCGACUGCCUGGUACCUGGAGGACCAGAGGCUGAUGCCCAGCAGUAAAUAUGGGAUGGAGCAGAAGGGCACCAGGCGAAGACUCACCAUCCAUGAUGUUGGGACAGACGACGAUGGAGUGUAUCUCUGUGAGAUGCCAGAUGGAGCAAAGAGCAUUGCAGAGAUAUCAGUUAAAGGUACUAUUGUUCGUAAACUUCCCCGGAAGCUGGAGGUCCUAGAGGGUGAGAAUGCUGCGUUCUGCGUGGAGGUGGAGGAUGACGAAAUGGAGGUCCACUGGUUCAAAGAUGGUUUGAAGUUGCAUGAGACUCAUCAGACGAUCCUUAAGUCUUUUGGCAAAACUCAUAUUCUGGUCUUUGUCAAUGUGGCCUACCAAGACUCGGGGGUAGUGACCUUUGUCACAGGGAGAUCCAAGACCUCAUCACGUCUCAAGGUCAAAGCCACAAGACAUUGUCCUCCUAUCUGUCCUGUUGGAGUCAAAAUGGAUGCAGAUCGCCCUAACAGUGCUCUCCUCAACUGGGUUCCUGCCCCGAACAGCCAGACCACCACCCGCUCCAUCUUUGUGGUGGAGAGACAGGAAGUGGGCUCGCAGGAGUGGCAGAAGUGUUUCACAACGGAGACCUCCACCUCAGCUGAGGUCACUGGUGACAGCGUGCCGUGUGAGGGUGACUACCGCUUCCGUGUCUGUUGCAUCAACAAAUAUGGGCGAAGCGGCCAUGUGGAGUUUCCAAAAGUUAUCCAUCUGGUUCCUGGGCCAAAAAUUCGCAAUCGCCUCCAAGGCUGUGAGGUCAUGGAGGGAGAGGAUGCUCGCUUUUCCAUUGAACUGUCUGCCUCAAUGGUUGGAACCUGGUUUCUGAAUAGCGCUCAACUGCAACAUGGUGGACGAUACUCGAUACAACAGUCCCAAACAAAACACUCAUUGGUUAUCCAUGAAACUCGUGCUACAGAAGACACAGCAGAGGUCACAUUCAUAGCCAAUGGAGUCCGGGAUUCAGCAGUUCUCAAUGUUAAACCUGCUGUGGUGAAGUUCAGCCCUUUGCCAGAGUUAGACACCAGGAAGAAGGUGGAGACUGGUGACGCCAUUGUGCUCUACUGUGAAGUCUCCCAUCCUUUUGCUCAAGUAUCCUGGUUCAAAGAUGGUGAAGAACUCCAGGUGACCGAUGGCCUCAACAUCCAGUCAGAUGGGAACAUGAGGAGGAUUGUGAUCCACUCAGCUGAGCAGUCUCACUCUGGAGUUUAUACAUGUGAAACUUCAGGGGACGUCAUCAAAUUCAACGUGGACGUUGCAGGUCCUCCUGUGGAUUUCACUCCAGCACCUGAGGAAGAGCUCCAUAAGAGCAGCAUGGAGUUCGACCCUGUUGUGCUGGUCUGCCACGUCUCCAGAGAGGAUGCUGAAGUUGUGUGGUAUAAGGACGGCUGUGAGAUCCAGCCCAGUGACAACAUCACUCUGCAGGCAGAGGGAACCAUGAGGAGGCUGAUCAUCCGUUCUGCAGAAACCUCAGAUGCUGGCAGCUACACCUGCCAAGCAGGAAACAACAGCAUGGAGUUCAACGUCAAUGUCAGAGAGCCCCCAGUGAUGAUCGUAGACCCUAAGGACGAUAUUGCGAUGGAGAGCUACGUCUCAGAGGAGAUCCACCUGCAGUGUGAGUUAUCUCGCUCCAGCGGUAAGGUGCGGUGGUCCAAAGAUGGCCAAGAGGUGGAGGAGAGCAACAAUGUCCAGCUGAUAUCUGAGGGUCCUUACAGGAGGCUGACCAUCCUCUGUGGCACGGUGGAAGAUAGUGGAGAGUAUGUCUGCGAAACAGACGGAGACUCUGUCUUCUUCCAGCUUAUUGUCACAGAGCCACUGGUACGAAUAAUUCACCCCAGUGAAUCAGAGAUUGAGCUGACACAUUUGGCCUCUACAAGGCUGGAGCUCAACUGUGAGAUCUCCCAGUUGGAUGCCCAAGUCAAGUGGUUUAGAGACGGCCUGGAGGUGGAGGAGGGCCCUAACCUGAUCCUGGAGGUGGAUGAGGCCCAACGCCGGCUGGUUAUACCCAUGACCACUGUGGAUGACACAGGGGAGUAUGUAUGUGACACUGAAGAUGACUCAGUUGCCUUCUUGGUGACUAUUACUGAGCCACCAGUGGCACUUACUCGCCCCCAAAACAUGAUUGAUAAACUGGAGAGUUUUGCUGGAAAGCCAAUUGUGCUAGAGAUCGAGGUGUCUCGGCCCAAUGCAGAAGUGAGUUGGUGGCUAAAUGGCGAAGAAAUAGAGGAGAGUAGUAAUGUGAUCUUCACAGAGGAUGGGUUAAUCCGGCGUCUGACCAUCCACUCGCCUUCUCCAGCGGAUUCUGGGAAAUAUACCUGUGAUGCUGUUGAUGACAAAAUUGAUUUCCAGGUCAAAGUUUCAGAGCCUCCAGUGAAGAUCUUAAGAAAGCCGGAGACGAAAACAAAUCUUAAGUCUCUGAUUUCUGAUGACAUUGUGCUGGAGUGUGAGCUCUCCAGAGCAAAUGCAAUCAGCAAAUGGUAUAAGGAUGGCUGUCGUAUUGAGGAUGAUGAAAGGUACUGCGAGGAAGAGGAGGGCGCUUAUCGCUCACUCGUCAUUCUCAAUGCUGAACUCGGAGACUCUGGAGAGUACUUCCUGGAUGUUGAAGAUGACAAUAUCACCUUCCAGGUUACCGUAGAGGAGCCUCCAGUGACCAUUGUGGGCAACUCAAACGACGCAGACUAUCAGGAGAUGAUGGCAGGAGAUGACCUGAUCCUGGCCUGUGAGGUGUCCCGUGCCAGUGCCCCUGUCCAGUGGUACUGCAAUGACAAGCUGCUCACCAAUGACUCCCGUACCGACAUUGAGUGCUAUGGCACUCUGAGGAAAAUUAUCAUCUCAAAUGUCCAGCCUUCAGAUUCCGGGAAGUACAUUUGUGAUGCUGUGGAUGACAAGAUGAUUAGCGUUGUCAGGAUUCAAGAGACUCCAGUUACAUUUAUAAACAAGGAGGAUGACAUUGUUGUAACUGGUUAUGAAGCAGAGAGCGUGACCUUGACAAGCUUUGUGUCCAAGGAAAAUGCUCUGGUACGCUGGCUCAAAGAUUGGACGCCUGUUGAAGGAGAGCGCUACCUACAGCUCAUGGAAGGUCAUCAGCGUACCCUCACCAUUGAACCUCUGAGGCGCUCUGAUGCUGGCGAGUACACCUGCGAUGUCAACACGGACCAGAUUCACUUCAGCCUGCUGGUGAAAGAAAUGAGAAUCAAGUUUACAAGACCGCUGCAAGACACUGUGGCCCAUGCUGAUGGUAUGGUGACCAUUCGCUGUGAGGUGUGCAAGCCAAAAGCAGACGUCCAGUGGCUCAGGAAUGGCAUUGAGGUGGUUCCAAGCAGGAGGUUCUCCAUUCGGGCGGAUGGAGUAGAGCGAAGCUUGACCAUUCACCGUUUAACAAGAGAGGAUGCUGGGGAGUAUGCCUGCGAGUCCAAAGAUGACAGGACCAUGGCAACACUUAGGGUGGAGAUGCCUCGGGUGGUGGAGUUCCUCACUGAGCUCUACAACACCACUGUGCUUGAAGGAGAAGAUGCCACCUUCAAGUGUGUGGUUUCUCCCGAGGAUGUCCAGUUGGUCUGGCUCAUGGACAAUGAGGUCAUCACCCUCGGCGACCGUUUCGAGGCGACCCAGAAUGGCCUGUGCCACACCCUGGUGAUCAAGAAGUGCCAGAUGUUAGACUGCUCCAAAAUCACAGCUGAGGUUGAAGGAAAAAUGAGCAAGGCCAGUCUCAAAGUUCAGGAGGCUCAGGUCUUGUUUACAAAGAAAACGGAGGCUGUCAUGGCAGAAGAGUUUGGCGAUGCCACCUUGGAGACUGAGAUCAGUCUUGAGACAGGCGAGGUCCAAUGGAUAAGGCAAGGGAUCGUCAUCCAGGCCGGUCCCCGACACACGCUCGCUCAGAACGGGUGUAAACGCAGUCUGACCAUCAACAAUCUGACUCUGUCGGAUCGGGGAACCUACCGCUGUGAGACUCUGCAUGACAGGACACAGGUCAAGCUCAAUGUAGAACCCCGUAAAAUCUCCAUUCGUAAAGGCCUAACUGACCAAGAAACCUUUGAACGAGAAACUGCAUCCUUUGAGGUGCAGCUAUCCCACACCGACGUGGAGGGCAUUUGGCAGAAGGACGGCAUCAGGGUGAAACCAAACAACCAGUGGCGGGUGAGCACCAAUGGGCUAGUCCAUGGCCUAACCCUGUCCAACCUCACCUUGGAGGACACGGGGACCAUUGUCUUCUCAGCUGAAGGGGUGCGAACCACUGCCAGGCUCACAGUCAAAGAGACACCAGUUACUAUCCUGAGAGCACUGGCUGAUGUCCGUGUAGAGGAAGAAUUUCCCGCCACUCUGGAGUGUGAAUUCUCCAGACAAAACGUUGAAGUGAGAUGGUUCAAGAGCGGGACAGAGCUGAAGCCGGGGAAGAACUGUCGGAUCUACUCCAUGGGCCGGAAGCGGUUCUGUCAGAUCCUACAGUGCUCAAGGGCUGACUCUGGCACCUACACAUGUGACACAGGGGAAAUCAACACUUCCUGUUCACUGGAGGUUUAUGAGCAUGAGUUGACGAUUGUGCAGGAUCUGGAAGACCUUUAUAUCCAGGAGGACCAGAAUGCUGUCUUCAUGUGUGAAGUUUCUCUGGAGGACGUGGCCGGGGAAUGGUACAAAGACGGCCACAGGAUCCGGCCCACCAGCACCAUCAAGACCCGCACUGAAGGGACCAAACACUUCCUGUUGAUGUGUAGCGUCAAAGCUGAAGAUGCUGGAGAAAUACGCUUUGUAGCCAGAGAUGUUGAAUCUACAGCUUACCUUGAGGUAGAGGAACUCCCAGUUUCCAUUGUUAAACCCCUGCGAGACCGAACUGCCCUGGAGAAACACCGGGUGAUCCUUGAAUGCACUGUCUCCUCGGCCCGCUCCGACGCCACUUGGUACAAGGGCAGGGAGGAGCUGGUUCCCUCCGAUCGAGUGGAGAUCCUGGUCGACGGUUGCUGCCAUAAACUGGUGAUACAGCAGGUGGCUGUGGAGGAUGAGGGCACCUACAGCAUUGAGGUUGGGGAGCACACAUGCAAGGCCAAACUCAUGGUGGAAGCCCAGUCCCUCACGAUGGUCAGUGAGCUGGAGGACGUGGAGGUGAUGGAGACUGAACCGGCGUCUUUCCAGUGUGAGAUGUCUGUUGCCAUAAACAAACCUCCAGUUUGGACUUUGAAUGGAGAAACCCUUCAGCCGAGCCCCUCUGUCCGCAUGGAAAACCACGGGACGGUCUACAAACUCACUCUGAAAAACACCAGUGUGGACAUGAGCGGGGUGGUGAAAUUUACCAUGGGCAAGGCCAAGAGCAGCGCCACGCUCAGUGUUGUGGAAAACUAAAAGGAUGAAAGAGAAAAGCAAGUGACUCUGAGAGAAAGAAAGUGAGGAGAUUGACUGAAAAGUGGGAAUUGCUCAGGUCCCCUUUUACACAACAUCUCCAGUAUUUGUGUUUGGAUGGCCUGCACUUGAGGGUUAAGAAGAAGUGAGAUAGAUUGAAUAUUUUAAGCCUGAGGCAUGUUAUGUCAGUCCAGUUAUUCCUUUUUUUUUACAGUGUAGAUGAUAUUUAUUUCCCUAAUACAGAUGUCUGGUUGACUUUACAUUCUUGUAUACUGAUUAAAACCCACCAAAAAAUAAAACAGAAUAAAAGUGGUUAAUUACAUUGCGUCAAAUAUGU